UACAAGAACUUCUGAAAUAACUUGUGAAAAUGUGCAGUCUUAAGUGCUGCAGUCUCAGAGCCCUUUUUCUAUUGCUGCUCUAUAGGUCCAUGCAAAUUCCUGAAGCUGAAGGGAAAACUGAAAUUCUACCUCCAACAAUACAAAAAAUAGUAAAAGGGUACAACAAGUAUCUACGUCCGUUUUUUGAUAAUGGUCCUGUGUCAGUUGGAAUGAGUAUGGAUAUUGCAAGCAUUGAUACAAUAUCAGAAAUAAAUAUGGACUACACAGCUACCAUAUUUCUAAGGCAGCGAUGGACUGAUGAAAGACUUUGUUUCGAUGGAAAUAAGAGUUUGAGCUUAGAUGGUCGACUUGUGGAAAUGCUUUGGGUACCAGAUACCUUUAUAGUUGAUUCCAAAAGGUCUUUUCUUCAUGAUGUCACUGUUGAGAAUCGUCUUAUAAGGAUAUACCCUAAUGGAACAGUCUUGUAUGCUAUAAGGAUCACCACAACUGUUUCAUGCAGCAUGGAUCUGACUAAAUAUCCAAUGGAUAAGCAGACAUGUACUUUGCAACUGGAGAGCUGGGGUUAUAACAUCAAUGAUGUCAUAUUUUAUUGGACCAGAGGAAAUGAUUCAGUUCGAGGUCUGGACACACUCCAGCUGGCACAGUACACAGUGGAAGACCACUUUACCUCUGUAACUGAAGCUGUGUAUGAGACAGGACGUUACCCAAAACUCGUGUUUCACUUCGAACUCAAGAGAAACAUCUUGUAUUUCAUAUUAGAGACAUAUGUACCAUCAAUCCUUCUGGUGGUGCUCUCCUGGGUGUCGUUUUGGAUCAGCCAGUCGUCGGUUCCAGCCAGAAUCUGCAUAGGUGUCACCACAGUCCUUACGAUGACAACACUGAUGAUGGGAGCCAGGACUUCACUCCCAAAUGCUAAUUGCUUUAUUAAGGCAAUUGAUGUCUACCUUGGUAUCUGCUUCAGCUUCAUCUUCGGAGCACUGUUAGAGUAUGCUGUGACUCAUUUCUGCACCCUGCACCAACUCAGCUCAAAGGAGCUUCCAAAGAUUAUUGAUGAUGAUGAUGAUGAAGAAGAGAAGAAUGGAGUCCUGGCAGCAGUGGCCAACAGUUGCAGCGCCCCUGACAAUACAAACAAGACUGAUACAAACAAAAGCAAACAAACCAGCACUGACAGAAAAAGGGAGAGAAGUCAACACAGUGGGUGUAGCUCAGCAAUGUCAGUAAUGAAAAGACUUUUCUGUAUCUUUGAUUGCUUCCAUGUUAAAAAUCCUUACCACAUAGACAACUAUGCCAGAUUCUCUUUCCCCUUAUCAUUCAUCAUAAUUAAUGUACUUUAUUGGGUGUAUUAUUUGUAUUUCUAAGUAUUUUAUUUCAUAAUAUUAGUUUAACAUUUAAUAUUAGAAAAUUGACAUGGGAGGGGAAGUUGCAGAAAAAUGGAGAAGUUACAUGUGGAUAGAGGAAUACAAAAGGACGUGCCACCUUUUCAAGUGUGUCUAAAAAUUUUGUUAACUCACUUUUCUGCAUUUAAAUGUCUGUCAUCCAAAAAUGGCUUCAUAUUAACAUGCAUGUCCCAUAUGAAACUACUUAUCAAAGGCCAAUAAGUAAUUUUUUUAAUAUUUAAUGCUCAACUUUGUAAAAUAAAUUAUAUUAUACUUG